UCUAGCUUCCCGAUACUGUAAUCUUUCAUUAUCGUUAUCGUCAUCGUUAGCCUGGAAACGAAACCGCAAUAAUUAUAAUUAAAGCCCAAAUCUAGGAAAGGAGAAAAUCAGUCCGAAUAGCGACGGUCUGUUUACGAUGCUUAUCCGUGACACAAGCAAUCCGUGGUGACGCGCAAUCACUACGGCAACUAUUCGAGUCGGUUCAUGUAAUAAAUUGUAUGUAUAUCGUUCAAAAAUUGUGGCGGACAAUUGUCAAAUUUGAACGACCGGAUAAAUGGAGGAAUCACCGAAGAAGAGGCCACGAGGGGAUGGCAUUGAUAUAACGGACGCCGCGGACAGCGGGAAAGUCGACAAGAAACAAACUAAUGUACCCUUAACCUACGAUAUUUUAAGAUUAGUUUUUAAAGAGCUGAACGGAAUGGAAUUGUCGAGGGCCUCGAUGGUUUGCAGAUCCUGGCUAGAGGCAGCAAAUGACGAAAGACGAACUAGAGGCCCUACCUACUUCAUGCAAAACUGCAAAAACCUUUUAGUCAAUGAGAAAUGGAGCAUGGAACGUAUUAAAACGCAAUGCAUUAAAGAAUUGCAGAUUAAACCUGCACUAGGAUUAUUUUUCACAGCACGUUCCGUACCAUUCACUCAACGAGAUUGUCACUGUAAAGUCCUACCUCCAAAUUGUAAUACAGUGACAUUGGGGACCCAUGGGGUUGUCUUCAAUGACACAGAGAUUGAAGCAAAUGUGGACAAUGUUGUAUGCACAUUUCUGCCCGAGAUACCAGGUGUAACAAUUCAAACAUUUGUAAUUGGUGACAAUUCCACAACAAAACAAGAUGUAUCUGUGUCUCUUAUCAAUUACAUUGAAAAGAUCAGAGAAGCUCUGGAUAAACCACAAAAAACCCAAUUUUCAUACGUGAACUCUAAAUGUUUACUGUUGUUCUGUGACUUGAGAGGUCGUGAAUUUGCAAUAAAAUUAUCCGAUUCCUUAAGGAAAAGAUACUAUGGAAGCAACAUCUCUGUAUGGGGAGGAACAGCAAAAAACUUGUUAGUUUGUAAUGCAAAAGAUAGUGAAAACGAUAGAUGCGGAGAAUUUGCAUUCUGUGUCGGUAUUACUUUAACUGGAGCGAUAAAUACUUGGUCAUUACUCGUUAAUUCGAAAUUCGAGAAUACGGUGCGACAAAGGGUUAAAAUGUGGAGGCAUCGCGUUCGCUUACAAAAGCAUUCCAUAGGACUAAUGUUCGCAUGUUUUGCACGUGGGAAAUACUUGUACCACAAGGACAAAGUAGAGUCAACUAUCUUCAAGGAAAUUUUUCCGGAGGUGCCGCUAGUGGGGUGUUUUGGCGACGGAGAAUUUGGCAUCGCCUCAUCACUCAGAGGUGACUUCAUAAAUGAGGAAUGGUUCAACGUGAGGUCCACGGUGUUUUUAAUAAUCACAUAUGGAGGAAAUUCACAUCUGCUACCCCGUCUUUUACGAACACGUUCGUAGAGAACGAACGUUAGAAUAAAGUCAUUUAACUCGUAUGUACACGAGAAGGUACAUUGCAUCGCUAGGAAGAAAUAAGUCAACAAUCCCAACGUGAAUCGCUAAAAAAAGAAGUGUGUUGUAUAACAAUGUGUGAUAAUAUAUUCUAUGUUCAUAUAAAA